UUUCAGAUAAAGGAUAUACAUUUGUUGCUGGUGGUACUGAUACACAUUUAGCAUUACUUGAUUUACGACCAUUAGGUCUUGAUGGUGCAAAAGUUGAACGUGUAUUAGAAGUUGUUUCAAUUGCUGUCAAUAAAAAUACAUGUCCAGGUGAUAAAUCAGCAUUAAAACCAUCAGGUAUACGUUUGGGUACACCAGCAUUAACAACACGCGGUUUUCAAGAAAAUGAUAUGGUUCAAGUUGCUUUAUUUAUUGAUCGUGCUGUACAAAUUGCACUUGAUAUUAAUCUUAAUAAUCCAAAUCAAACAGUAAAAGAUUUUAAAGUCAAUAUGAAACUUGAUCAACAUGCAAAAAAAAUUGAUGAAUUAAAGCAAGAAAUUGAAGAAUUCGCUUCAAAGUUUCCAAUGCCUGGUUAUGAAUCAAUCUAG